AUGAGAUGGAGUAUAGCUUAUCUCAUUUCCAUAAUUUAUUCCAUAUUUGUCUUAUCUGUCACCGCAAAUCAGCAGAAAACAUUCGAUUUAUAUGCCUCAAAUCCAUAUGAAGUCACAGAUGAUUCGAAUUUAAAUGCAAAAUAUUCAAAAUUAUCAGAUAACUCACUACUAUGGGGUCCGUAUAGAUCUUCGCUAUAUUUUGGUUUAAGACCGAGGCUACCUAGAUCAUUGUUGAGUGGGUUAAUGUGGUUUUCCAUGGACAAUUAUAAUCAGAUUGGUAAUAUUCGUCAUUUUUACGAACAAAAUGACAAAAUGUCGAAGGCCAAUUGGAUUAAUUAUAACCCAAGGAUAGGUGGAAGACAAUACAUCAAAGACGAGGAAAUCCAUUUUGAUAUAUAUAUUGACUUUGUUAAAAGUUCAGAUGGUUUAAGUUGGGGAGUCAAGAUCAAAGGAGUACCUCAUAAAGGCUUUGAAAAUUCCAAAAUUUCAUUUGUAUGGUAUUCCGGUUUAGAAGGAGAGAGAAAAGUGGAAGAUUCUAUAAAUGUUAAAGAGCGAACUGGAUAUAUAAAAUUGGAAAAUGAUGAGAGUUUGGAUGGAUACGAGGAAAAUAUAAGAUUCAGCGGUAUUUCAGAAGAAUUGGGAGCUUUUAGUCUUGUGAUAAAUGAUGGACCUGAAACCAAUAAACAUCCAAAAGGGCUAGAGGAAUUAAAGCACGAGUUUAAUCCAGCUUAUACGCAUCAUUACAGUUUGACUGUUCCUGAUGAUAAUGUAUGGCAAGCAAGAGAUAUAUUCAUGACAAUGUUGCAAGAAUCUAUAAAAAAUUUGAAUGAUAAAUAUAAAGCUUUGGAGUAUAUACCACCGGAAAAUUCUUUUAUAAUAAAAAAUCUACAAGGAUUUGAAGGAAAUUUACAUUUUAUCCAAAAAAUUUAUCAAGGUGAAUGUGAGUUCGAUAUCAUUUAUACAAAUUCCAUGACACCAGAAUCUGAGAUACCGACUUUUAUUAAUAUUCAAAAAAUGAUAGAUGCUAAAUUGAGAACUAAUGAUGCAAAUUUUGAAAAGUAUUACAAGUUACAACCGCCUUUUAAUGAACCAAAACAUAAAAUUUUUGCUCAAGAAAUGAUUUCUGGAUUACUUGGUGGAAUAACUUACAUGUAUGGAGACCAUUUAGUUGACAGAUUCACGGAAUUUGAUGAAGAUACGUUUGAAUCGUACACCUUGCAAGGUUCAUACGAAGGACCUCAUGAAUUAUUCACUUUAGUUCCAUCGAGACCAUUUUUCCCAAGAGGAUUUUAUUGGGAUGAAGGAUUUCAUUUGUUGCCGUUGAUCAAAUACGAUUCAGAUUUGGUUCUAGACAUCGUCAAAUCGUGGUUCAAUUUAAUUGAUGAAAACGGAUGGAUUGCUAGAGAGCAAAUUUUAGGACCUGAGGCUAGAUCAAGAGUUCCAAAAGAAUUUAGAGUCCAAAGUCCUCACAUAGUGAAUCCACCCACAUUAACUUUAGUACUUAAUAAUUUGUUGGAAACAAUAUCUCAAUACAAAGAUAUAUCGGAACCAAACGAAAUUGAUGAUGAAUCACUGGAAGUCAGGUUGGGGAAGUUUACAUUAAGUAAUCCAGAAGUUCUAUUGAAUUAUACAAAACAAAUAUACCCGAAUUUGAAAAAUCAUUUUGAAAUGUUUAGGCGUACUCAGAAGGGAUACGUUGAAGAAUUCGAGAGACCAAUCGAUAACAAUGAGGUAUUUCGAUGGAGAGGCAGAACUUACACGCAUUGCCUAGCAAGUGGACUAGAUGAUUAUCCAAGAGCUAUACCUCCAGAUAUUGGGGAACUAAAUGUUGAUUUGAUUUCAUGGAUUGGAGUUAUGACUAGAUCGUUAAGACAAAUGGCAGAGGUUUUGGAAAUUGAUGAUGAUAUCGCUUCUUUGAAAGAAAUUGAAAAAAACAUAAUUUCAAAUAUAGAAAAACUUCAUUGGUCAAAAGAUAAUAAUGCUUAUUGUGACAUUUCAGUUGACGAAGAUGAUGAAAGUAUAUUUGUUUGUCAUAAAGGUUAUGUUUCUUUAUUACCAUUUUUAACGAAAAUGAUACCUGGUGAUGAUCAUGAUAAAUUAAAUGAUGUUAUAUCACUGAUAAUGAAUCCCGAGGAGCUUUGGUCAGACUUUGGAAUCAGAUCACUUUCGAAGUCUGAUGAAUUCUAUAAAACUGGUGAAAAUUAUUGGAGAUCACCAAUUUGGAUCAAUAUGAAUUAUCUAGUUUUGAAAUCUAUUCAUGAUUAUUACUAUGAAAACAAGUUCAGUUUUUCCCCUGAGUUGAAAUCAAAAUUUGAAUCCGCUUAUCACGAUUUACGAAUCAAUUUAAUCAAAAACGUGUUUGGACAAUGGCAAAACACAGGAUUUGUAUGGGAACAAUACGAUGAUGAAACUGGUGUUUCCAAAGGCGCCAAAAACUUUUUAGGUUGGACUUCGACUAUAGUCCUAAUAAUGACAAUGCCAGAAAAUUUAUAG